ACAGAAAAUUUCGAAAUAGAGAAGCUUGGUAGCUAAUGUUCGACUUGGAGGUGGUACAUCAAGUCGAGGGGAGAGAGCGCGUAUACUGGAUUAAUCUCUGAACCUGAUCUGUUCUAUUGAUGCAUUUAAACCAUCGGAGCCGCAGCUCAGUGAACCCUCAGUGUAACGCCAUCAGGAGCCGACCAGAAAGGCCUGGCUUAGUGUGAGCGGCUCGAUUGCGGAGGCAGUCUCAUUUCAUUCAGCUCGGAACGAGAUAUGGCAUUGGAUUUCGUCGCGGGAUGCCUGGGAGGUGUUGCUGGUGUUCUUGUAGGGCAUCCUUUCGACACAGUAAAGGUGAGUUUUUUAAUGUAGUUUAGUUUUGAUAUUGUUAAAGAAAUGCUUGCAAUCCCAUCUAAUCUCACCACUACGAAAGGAAAUUUACUUAAAACAAAUAAUAUCUUAAUUUUUUUACAGUUUUGCUUAUCUUCAUGAUAAAUUGUUUUAUUGCCAAACAUAUUUAAACAUUCAACUAUACAAGCUGUUGGAAUAGUAAAGUUAAAGUUAGCUUUCAUUCAAACACAUUCAGCUAUUCCAGAUAAUGAUUAUCUGAUUGGUGCCGUGAAUAAGAUCUACUUUUAGUUAUUUAAAUAUUUAACUACUCUCCUUUGUGGAUUUUGACCUCUCAACGGAUCAGGAUGAUUGAAUGUCUGUCAAUGAGAGAAUAUUUAUUUCAGUAGAAUGGUGUUUUUUUUUGCUAAGCUAUGUUGCCAAAACCUUUUCCAAGAGGCCCAUAAAUUUUUUUUCGAACUAUGACCAGAGUCCCUUGUGUGAAUCUAAUUCAGCAUUAUUUUGUGUUGUUUUAAUAGUUUAUAUUUGUGAAUGAAAAUGUUGAAAUUAAGGUCUGCUUAUGGAUUUAAAUAUUACAUUUGUCUUUUAAAACCAAUUUAAAUGAAGUUGACCCAUCUUAAAAUGCUUGUCUUUGAGGACCUGAUUUUAUAGGGCUAUUAAUAGUACAGUGGCUAGAAUAUGGAGUUACAAUUGUCAGAAGCUGUAGUUACAUCUUCAGGUUUCUGGCCAUGACAUUUUGUGAUGAGAAGUACAGUAAGGAAAGUGUCCUGACUUUAUGAAAGUGGCAGUUUUGAAUUGAUGCCACCUGCACCAGCUGCUUCUAUGUUUGUUCUCAGUGGGUCGAGGGGAAAUUGUCCUUCUAAGCUACAUCUCUGCCCUCAGAGGCCUUGGCACCACCACCUUAUUCAUGCUGACUAAGUGCAGCGUCAGUAGGCCUUGAGUGACCCCUGAAGUGCUGAGUGCGCUGUUGAUUGGAUUAAACUGUAACAGUGCAGUCUUAAAAAUUAUCUUGUCCGUAUUGGCCACGGAAAUGUACAUUAUGUACUUGCACUGAUUAGAUCAGCAUUUUUGAGGGAUCAGUGGAAACUGAAACUAGUGUUGUGCUUUCAGGAAGAAAUGUAAUGACUGAGAAUGAGACGUUAAUAUUCUCAAAUGGACACCAAGAAACAGCAGGUGCUUUAAUUUGGAGGAGAGGGCAAAAUGCUGGAAGAACUCAGCAGGUUAAGCAGAUUCUGUGGAGGCAAAGAGGUGAUGGACGUUUCGUAUUGUGACUGCAUCAGGAUGGAGAGAGUGUAGAGGGAAGUUUACAGAGGUGAGAGGUGGACUAUCCAGCCUGUCCCACCUCUAUACUCAGUCUUCCCUCUCCCUCUCAUUCGUGAUGUGCAGUUACAAUACGAAAGGUUGACCAUCUGUUUGUCUCUACGGAUGCUGUUUGACACACUUAGCUAUUUUGUUAAAUUCUUAAAAGUUAGGGUGGAGAACCUUUGUUUAAAUUGGUAAUGUUUAAACACACCAUCUGUAAAGUGAUGGUGUGUUUGGUAGAGCAUAUCGUGGUAGAUUGAGAAGCAGGCUUGAUUUUCUGCUCAACCACAGCACCAAGCAGAUACCUGAAGCAAAGUCUGACUAUUUCCUCCCAAGAGAAGGGGCAAGACUAAAGGAUAGGGUUCCUUGUGCUCAGAUAGAUUGUCUGCAUCUGAUGUUUGGUUGAGUCCUGGGAACAAAUUGCUAGUCACAUAUAUAGGAAGCCAGGGAAAAUUAAAGCAGAGAUUGGGAUGGGAUCAUCAAGAACUGCAAAACAUCCCUUCACGGCUCAAGAGUUGACAUUGCUAUUUGUGCAAAUCUAAUCGGUUAUAUUUACUUGGCGACACUGUUGGCGUAGGUAAACAGUAACUACCAUUUUAAACUAUGUUAUGCUUAAUGGCAGCCAGAGUUUUGUUUUAACUAAGUUACUGAUGCAUUAGAAGCCUCCUUGUCUUGCUAUUUUCAUGUAAUGUGUGAAGUUUGUUGUAUUUAACUACUUUACUUUCUGAGCUAGGGACAGUCGUCAUUAACAGCAAAAGUGUACUUUGUGAUGAGAGAUAAGCCUCAUCACAGGAGAAUUUCUAGUUCGACUUCAGGUACAGAAUCCUGAUCAGCCACGUUACCGUGGAACCCUACAUUGUUUCCAGUCCAUUCUUAAACAAGAAACUGUUUUUGGAUUUUACAAAGGUAUUGGUUCACCAAUGAUGGGUUUGACAUUCAUCAAUGCUAUUGUUUUUGGCGUUCAAGGAAAUGCAAUGCGUCAUUUGGGUAAGGAUACACCACUUAAUCAGUUCCUGGCAGGGGCUGCAGCUGGAGGUAUCCAAUGUAUCAUCUGUUGUCCCAUGGAACUGGCAAAAACGAGGAUGCAGCUUCAAGGCAUGGGUGAAUAUCAAGUUAAAAGUAAAGUCUAUAAGAAUUCACUGGACUGUUUGAUUAGAAUUUAUAGAAAACAUGGAAUUCGAGGUAUCAACAAGGGAAUGGUGUCUACCAUUUUUAGAGAAAUACCUGGCUUUGGUUUCUAUUUUCUUACAUAUGAUUGUCUAACCAGGGCCUUGAACUGUGAACCUGAUGAUAGCUUUGUACUUCCUAAACUCCUGUUUUCUGGUGGUAUGUCUGGGAUUGUAUCUUGGAUCUCCACCUAUCCCAUUGAUGUGAUUAAAUCCCGACUGCAGGCUGACGGAGUUGGGGGAAAGAACCAGUACAAUGGCAUCAUGGACUGUGUCUAUCAGAGCUACCAAAAAGAAGGGUGGCACGUGUUCACCCGAGGGCUUACCUCCACACUCCUGAGGGCAUUCCCUGUCAAUGCUGCUACUUUUGCCACUGUUACACUCUUCCUCAUGUACUCGAGGGCCGAUGAGAGUUGCAAGGAGCAGGCUGCCACCUCUGCAAUCCAGCAGCCUUCAAGCCUCUGAAGCCAGUGUCGUCUCCAUGUUACUUUCUGCAGAGUUACUGCUGUGAUAACUGAAUUUUACUUGAUCUAUUUUUGUAAGUCUAGUGAAAUUAUAUAAAAGUAUUUGGGUGUAAAUAUGUAAGAAUUAAUUUGAUGGGUUUUACUUUUAACAGGAUUCUAUUAGCUAUGUUUUGUGAGACUACAGCUUCAUGCCUUAUAUCAAAUAAAUGUGUACAUAUAAUAUUUUAUUAAUACGUAAGAAAAUGAUUUUUAUUUUCCUCCCUCCUGCUUCUAUCCUCCCAUUCCCCACUAUAUUUGUAGGGUGUAUAUAUACAAAGUUAAUUAACAUGGCUGAUCCAAUGCCCAUCUGUGUCUGGCAGUAACAGUAAAUAAUAUGUGAAAGCUUAUGUCCACUAUAAUUUAUAAUGUCAUCCUUUGACCAUAUACAGCAUAAGGGAAUUUUAUUGGUGAUAGUUUGGCUUAUUAGUAUUCCUAUUUUUCCUUCAGUCAACUUCAGUAAGACUGAUGAUCACAUUUGAUAUUUGUGGGGAAACUGACUGCUUCAAAAGCACUUCAAUAAUUGUAAAGCACUUUGACAUCCUGAGGUUAUGAAAGCUGUAAAUGCAAGUCACUUUCUCUUGUUUUGGUUUAUUACAGUCACAUACAGAGACGGUGACUAAACAUUUAGGAUUUAGUUACGAAGUUAUUUGUAGUUUUGCAACAAUAAGCAUUUAAAUUGACAGAUUAUGCCAUAAUACUUUGAAUGUUACAAUGAACACUUAAAUGGGCAGGGACCUUCUGUUGCACCCAUAUCUAUUUUUGUUGUAUGGUGUUACAACCUUGUGAACAUCUGCAUUUUUAUAUUGCAGAAAUCUGAUAGGAUCUUAAGCUAUUUUAUAAUCAAGCCUAUUUCUACAAAUUUUUUUCUGUAACAGGAAGUUUGGUCUACUGUCCUUCCCCAUCUCUUCAGUUUCAUUUGUUUUAGUCUUUAUUCCCUACUGACACAAGUGAGCUAGUAUACACUCACCUGUCUUUAUUUAACAAACUUUGCUUGGAGCCAGUCAUGUUAUAGCUAGGUUUUCAGGAAUCAUUUCAUGUUAUUUUAAUGUACUGUGAUGCCUUAUUCAAGUUAAUUCUGAUCAACCACAAUACAGUGGCAUGCAAAAGUUUGGGCACCCCGGUCAAAAUUUCUGUUACUGUGAAUAGCUAAGCGAGAAAUAGAUGACCUGAUUUCCAAAAGGCAAAGUUAAAGAUAACACAUUUCAUUAAUAUUUUAAGCAAAAUUACUUCUUAUUUCCAUCUUUAAGUUUCAAAAUAAAAAAGGAAAAGGGCGCCAAGCAGAAGUUUGGGCACACUCCAUGGUCAGUACUUAGUAACACUCACUUUGGCAAGUAUCACAGCUUAUAAACGCUUCCUGUAGCCAGCUAAGAGUCUUUCAAUUCUUGUUUGGGGGAUUUUCGUGUAUUCUUCCUUGCAAAAGGCUUCUAGUUCUGUGAGAUUCUUGGGCUGUUUUGCAUGCACUGCUCUUUUGAGAUCUAUCUACAGAUUUUUGAUGUUUAGGUUAGAGGUAUGUGAGGGCAAAACCUUCAGCUUGCACCUCUUGAGGUAAUCCAUUGUAGAUUUUGAGGUGUGUUUAGGAUCAUUAUUCUGUUUUAGAAGCCAUCUUCUUUUCAUCUCCAGUUUUUUUUUUACGGACGAUGUGAUGUCUGCUUCCAGAAUUUGCUGGUAUUUAAUUGAAUUAAUUCUUCCCUCUACUAGUGAAAUGUUCCCCGUGCCACUGGCUGCAACACAAGCCAAAAGCAUGACCGAUACACCCCCAUGCUGGAGAGGUGGUCUUUUCAUGAAAUUCUGCAGCCUUUUCUCCAAAUGUACCUUUGCUCAUUGCAGCAAAAAAGUUCGAUUUUAACUUCAUCAGUCCACAGGACUUGUUUCCAAAAUGCAUCAGGCUUGUUUAGAUGUUCUUUGCACACUUCUGCUGCUGAAUUUUGUGAUGAGGACACAGGAAGGGUUUUCUUCUGGUGACUCUUUCAUGAAGGUCAUAUUUGUGCAGGUGUCGCUGCACAGUAGAACAGUGCACCACCACUCCAGUUUACCAAAUCUUCCUGAAGGCCUUUUGCAGUCAAACAGGGGUUUUGAUUUGCCUUUGUAGCAAUCCUACGAAUAGUUCUCUCGGAAAGUUUUCUUGGUCUUCCAGAUGUCAACUUGACCUCCAUUGUUCCUAUUAACUGCCAUUUUUUAAUUACAUUGCGAACUGAGGAAACGCUUGAAAAUGCUUUGCUGUCGUCUUAUGGCCUUCUCCUGUUUUGUGGGCAUCAUUUAUUUUAAUUUUUAGAGUGCUAGGCAGCCCAUAGCUGCUGAUUGUUGGGACAAGGUUUGAGGAGUCAGGGUAUUUAUAAAGCUUUGAAAUUUUUCACCUGGCCUUUCCUAACGAUGAAUGUGAACAAGCCAUAGUCCUAACGAGCUAAUUAAGAUCUGAGACUUUGGUAAAAGUUAUCCGAAAGCGCAAAUCUCUUGGUGUACCCGAACUUUUGCAUGGUGCUUCUUUCCUUUUUUCACUCUAAAAUUGUACAGAACAAAAAUGAUACACUAAUCUUGCUUAAAAUGUUGAAAAGAAUGUUUCAUCUUUAACUUCAUGAUUUUUAGAGAUCAAUUCAUCAUCUAUUCACAGUGAUAGAAAUUUUGACCAGGAUGCCCAAAUUUUUGCAAGCCACUGUAUAUUACAUUUUUAGUUUGGUGUUGAAAUGGAAUUGUUGCUGUAUAGUAACUGAUGCCGCAGUCAGUAGUCCUACAAAUGUUGCUGCAAGUAUUAUCUAACAGGUGGUUUGGAUAAUCUGGAUCCAUGUCAAUCAUUUUCCUACUAAAGGAAGUUUUCAGUUUUACAGUAAUUAGAGCACAUGGAUACUUUAAUGCUUCAGAAUACAAGAUGCCUUUGCCUCUCUGGUGGCUGGCACAUUGAGAAGUUCGAUGGUGGUGGAUUGCUUAAAAUGCUCAGGUCAUAUUAGUAGUCACCGACAGAGGUUUAAGAUUUAUGAAGCUAGAAUAGUUUUCCUUGUGUUCAGACUAUAGAAUACCACAGCUUGGGAGGAGGCCAUCAUAUUGUACCAACCCAGCUAACAAGCAAAUUGGAAACACCCAAAAACUAAUCUCUCCGACCUAUACCAUGUCCAUAUCCCUCCAUCUUCCUUGCAUCCAUGUAUGUGCCCAUCCAAACAUCUCUUAAAAGCCUGGUAUCACCAUACCAGGCAUCCAUGACUGAGUAAAAAAACAUUUCUCCCCCCUCCCCCCGAACCCACCACUUCUCACACUCCUAGAUAUCCAGUAUUUGCCUUUCAGUAAAUGGAAAAAGACAUCACUGUUUAAUUAUGUGCAACUGGUAGCAGUAGGAUUGAGUUAUUUUUUAAUAGUUUUUUUUAAGUGUAUAGUGUACAGCAGUUUAAAGCUUUACUGUUCAAGAUCAAAUUUUAAAUCACUCCUGGUGUCAUUUACCAAAUCUUUCAGAUUUUUUUUAAGAAAAAGAACCAAACACUCUUUUAAGAGGUCAUUCUAAUACAUGAAUUCCAACCUGCCCAUUUUUGUGCAUCGAAAGUAUAUAUUGAAUCUGUUCAGAUUCUGGACACUUAAAUGAAAAUGGGUAGGAUUACAGGAUUUAAUCUCCAUUGUAAUUUGAGACAAGUGCAAUACAUACUAGUCUGACAUGUUGAGAUCUUCAGCAUUGAGAACCAUCUCUAGGUUCUUUUUCAAUGGGCACAAAACACUUUAUUUCACAAUGCUAAGAGAAGAGAAAUUGUUCCUAGCACUAUCAACUUUCUAUCAAGUGAAUUGCAGUUUGAACUGUUUGACUCUGGAAUCCUUCAUGUCUAUAUGUUGAACAAUUUCCAUUUCUGAAUUGAAAAUGCAUGCUUGAUUAACAAUACAGGUUUAAUUUUUAGACAAUGAAUGUGCUGUUUAUUGCUUGUUUGAACCUGACUUUUUUUUCCAGUAUGUACCUUACUAUGUAAAGUACCCUGUGAAGACUGGAAGAAAGGAAAAUAAAAUCUGUAUUCACUUAAAAUUCC